ACAUCAACAGGUAAAUGAUCCUAACUACUCACCAUGCAUACAGGUGAAACGCUAUCACCUCUUACGUCGUAGGCACACACAAGUGUUUUUUUGUCCUCAUUCUUCUCUCCCCUCCCCACCCACACAGCUAACGAAACCUCUGACGAUGUAGGCCAACACAGCAAACAGGAGUUGUGGAACAUGAGCUGAGCUCAAAAUAAUCCUGGAUUAAUGCUAGUGGCAAUUUGUGUAGCCGAAAUUAAUACUCAAACUUUUAAGUUCUGUAAAUAUUUUCGUAUCUGCUAAUUUGUCACGUUCUAGAGGAUCAUGGGAGCGGAAGAUGAAGACAAACCCAAAGCUGUCGUCAUAGAGAAGGUGGUCAUCGUGCGGCCAUUAAAGGUCUUGGGGCUGCUGUGCGGAGUGUUGGCAGUGCUGCUUCUCAUGAUCUCAGUGGCAGCUACCUCUUGGCUCAAGGCUGAGGAUGUUCUGGAAGGCUUGUGGGAGAAGUGUGUCUACAACCGGAGCAUCCCAGACUGGGUGGAGUGUGAUAACAGCUUGCCCAGAGAGUGGGUAACGAUCUGUCAAGCCUUGUGUAUCAUCUCUCUGAUCGUCUGCAUGGCCGCCAUUGCUAUCACCUCUGUCGGGCUCAAGACUACAAACUUCAUCCUGAAGUACAAGCUGUAUUGGAUCGGCCUCAUAAUCUUCUUUGCUGCAGCGGCAUUUGAGCUGAUCUCCUUGGUUAUCUUCCCGAUCAAAUUUCUAUCUGAGAUGUCGACAAGAAGUGAGAUCCACUGGAGCUUUGGUUGGGCCUACAUCGUGGGAUGGGCUGGGGCUGUGUGCGAAUUCACCGCUGGCUUGUUCCUUCUGCUGGACAAAGGAGCUGAGGAGGUCAUCUUCAGGGAGAAGUCCGUGCAGGAAGAGAAGAAAAAUGGCGUCGAGGCGAUACCGGACAAAGCUGUCAGUGAGGAAACUGUGUAGCUCCGAAAUUCGCUGCGGCCACUUGUGAUAAAUAUGUGUUUGCAUUAGAUUUGUAAUUGGGAUUGUUCUUGUUGUUAAUUGGGUUUGUCAUUAAUGGAUUGUUCUUGAUGGAAAAUACUUCUGUUAAUUGACUUUCUCAUUGAUUAAUUGUUCUUGAUCGUAACGGUUCUGUUUAUUGGUUGUGUCAAUGAUGGAAUGUUCUCGAUGGCAUGGUAACCCAAUAUAGUAUCGUGAUCGCUAUUUUGAAAGCAACAUCGAAUGCUUCUGACGGUCUUUUGAUUCAAUCUGAAAAUUAAACAUAUAUAAAGCAGAGGACUACACUAACCAAUGUUAGACCCCAAAAAAAACAAAACCUUUUUAAGAGUUAAUUAUGGCGGAAACGUAAUUUUACUGAAUAGUCCUGAGUACGUUUUACUAUAUUAUAAUAGAUGUGUUAUAAAAUCUUUUACAACCAUCAUCCACCUGUUCCUGCUAAUGGGAACCCCCGCCCACCCUUUUUUUUUUUUUUCCAGCGACCUUUUGAGGAUUAAAAAGAUGGUAGUUUUUGGAAGGGUUAUCUCCCUUUACUCACACAGUAGAUGAGGGGAAAUGUCUCCCACUGGAAAAUUGUGUUCGCCUGUAUUACGCAUUCUUCCAAUAUGCCAUCUAGUCAUGUGAGAAAUGCUGCGGACUUUCGUUGCAAUGGUCCCGGGCUCCAACCCUACCCACAGCCAUUCCUGAUGUCCGAAAAUUAAAAACAUUUCAAAGCGAAAGUGGUCACAAUGGGGGUGAGGGUGGCGUGAGACAGUUAGUAUUAUUAGUUAGUAUAGAGACGCACCAUAGCUGACGGACUUUGAAAGCGACAUUUAGUGACGUCACGACUUAGUUGGGUUAGAGAUUAUUUAUGCUAAUAUAUAGACAGUUGGUGUUAGGACUUCAUAGGGAGAACGUAAUAUUAGACACAGAGACUCGAUUGUGGCCUUUUCAAUAUUAAACGUCAUCUGUGUUUGUAUAACGGUCUUAGUCUUGCCUAUUUGUUACAUGUGUAGGUCUUCUUACUUGUUUGUUAAGUACAUCGAAUACACCCAUACAAGAAACCCAGACAUCUCCAGAGUAAUCUGUCGAAGUCAGACAGCCAUCAUUUCGAGACCCGGGAUGUCUGACCUCUUUAAGGCCCAUGUUGUUUUUUUUUUGCGUAAUAUUUAAUGUAAAAAAACAUUAAUUUGGGGGCCCUCUCAAGUUGGGGUCCCGGGGGGAUUUUCAAACUCCCCCUCCCUCCCUUCACACUAGCUACGCCUCUGUAUACAGUAAUCAGCAACCACAAGGGCAAGGCCUAUCGCUGGUGGGGGCAAAGAAAAGAAUAUUUCAAUAGAAACGAGACAUGUCACUCAUGUCUUCAUUUAACGACAUUGAGUUAGUACUUUGUAUACGUUAAUGAUCCUAAGUAAGUAUAUGACCUUUCUGACCUGGGGCGGAUGAUGUAAGGGUCAUCUGUUUCUAUUCCCAACGGUUAACGAGGGUGUCAUGUGGCCAGCACACAACUGCCUUUACCUUUCCCCCCUACUAAAGCCAGGAACUCACUAGAGUUGGGUGGACCCAGGGGCGUGAAAUUCAAAAUCUAGUCUUCACCGAGAUUUGAACCUGGGACUCUUAUGUUCGGAAACCAAGCGCUUUACCAUUCACCCACUACAUCCCUUGUAUUUUGUAGAGAUGAAUAUUACUCCGUUGGCUUUAAUGUAAAAUAUAUUUAUAUAACUUAUUAUAUUUAUGAAAUAUAGCACUUUUAUACCUUUAACAAAAUGUACAAAAUAAUCAUAGAAUAAAAAAACAUGCGCUAUAAAA